GCAGUGACCGAUUUGCUUUACUUAGCUUAGACUUCUCCUUCAACCUUCUCCCACUCAACACCCCCCCUUUCUUCCAGUUUUUCUCUCUCCUAAUUUCCCAGAAAAACCAAACAAAUCUUUAACCUUUUUCUUUCUGCAAAGAUAUUGGAGGAUUUGAGGCUUGCUGAGAGUUUGACAAGCUCAAGUUUGUUGGAUGCCAUUCUCAGUAAUGGACAAGAGGCAAGCAAAGGAUGUUGCAGAAUAUGGAAAGACCAAAUACACUCUCUUUAAAGAUGUAGAAGACUACCAGCCAGGUCUUUAUGAGAAGCGUCUUCCUUGCUUCGGCUGUGGAUUAGGGUGGUUUUCUUUCCUUUUAGGUUUCCUGUUUCCUCCGAUGUGGUUUUAUGCAACAUUCUUAUAUUUUGGGAACUACUACCGUAAAGAUCCAAGAGAACGAGCUGGUCUUGCUGCUUCCGCGAUAUUAGCUUUGAGUUGCUCUGUUGUGGUAUUAAUAGUUCUGCUCAUUCGGCUAUUCUUUUUCUCGUCAACAACAACAAUGUAAAUACACAUAGCAACUGCCAUCGAAAGAGGUGGUGACAGGAUAUAGAAGCAUACCUUUGGUGCAAGAUUGACCGAAUUUCGGGACAUACGAAAGCUGAAACAGAUAUAAUAAGAAUGUUAAUAGGCCAUUGUGUUAUUAUACUGUGCAGGCGUUCACAAAUAAAUAUUUAUACUGUGAAGGUUAGUGAGAAAUCAGUAGAUAAUUUGUGUGGAUCGUUUUACAUGUAGUUUACACACAAUUGAUGAAUUAAGUGUUGGUAAAUUGGCUGAGUGAUGGUAAAUUAUCCACCAUAUGUCCAUAUAUAUGAAGAGGUAUAACAAACAUGCAAGUGACUUAAACAUGCUCUUUUUGUUGUGGUUGUUGACUUAAACAUGCAA